AAACCAAGAUCCGCACUUUGAACCAUCUCCGGUGCGCACAUGAUUAUACUUCCUCGAUUAAAACGCAGCAGAAUCGGUGUUUUAACUCCGAAAACAUGUUUUUCUUACCGUUUUUCUCGGCAACGACAUGGACUCUUAUUGUUCUCGCCUUAACCCUAUUGCUGUUGUAUGGCAUUUGGCCGUUUACAUUUUUUACAAAGAUGGGUGUUGAUGGGCCGAGACCUUUGCCUUUUUUGGGAACAAUGCCUUACUAUAUAAGAAGUCCGAAUUUUUCCUUUGAAUGCAGUAAGAAGUAUGGAGAUGUCUGGGGGCAGUUUGAAGGACGUUCCCCCUUAUUAAUGGUAACAGAUCCUGACAUGCUAAAGGUUAUUUUAGUGAAGGAGUGUUAUUCAACCUUUACCAACCGAUCGACCUUUGCUAAAGAACUUUUCGGACCAUUGAAAGAUGGACUUACCGUGGUUGAAGAUGACAGGUGGAAAAGAAUCCGGAGUACCAUAUCGCCAUCGUUUACUAGUGGAAGGCUGAGACAGGUCUUUCCCAUUGUUGAACGCUAUGCUGACCGACUUGUUAAAACCCUAGACACUGAAAAGCCGGACCAAUCUGUGGAUGUAAAAAAGUUUGUCAGCCCUUACUGCUUGGAUGUAAUAACCAGCGCUUCCUUCAGCAUUGACAGCGACACCACAGUCAAUCCAGAUGCUCCUCUCAGCGUUCAACUCAGAAAUCUCCUGAAGAUGAAAAUCUGGCCUUUUUUUGUAAUCAUUGCCUUGCCGAUUACUCAAUACUUUUUUAGGUUGAUUGGCUUUUCAAUAGUCAACAAAGCAAGUGUGGAUUACUUUCAGAACCUACUUAAAAGCUUCAAACAUGACCACAAGGAAGAUAAAUCUAGACACAGUGAUUUCCUUCAGCUGAUGAUUGAUAGUGAGAUCAAAGAGUCUGACAUUAAGGACGGAGUGGAGCCAAGUAAAGGUUUGACUGAACCUGAAAUACUCUCCCAGGCAUUAAUGUUCAUAUUUGGUGGCUAUGACAUUACCAGUGCCACGCUGUCUUACAUCCUGUACAACCUGGCCUUGAACCCUGAUGCUCAGCAAACCCUGCAGCAAAAGAUCGACGUGCACUUUCCAAAACAUAGUCCUGUUUCCUAUGAGGACCUGGUGAAUCUGGAGUACCUGGACAAUGUGAUUUCUGAGUCUAUGCGGUUGCUGCCAACCGCCCCUCGAAUUGACAGAAUGUGCAAAAAAACCAUCCAAAUCAAUGGACUCACCAUCCCUGAAGGGACAGCGGUGGGGGUCCCUUUGACAAACCUCCACCGAGACCCCCGCUUCUGGACUUCCCCUGAGCUCUUCAAACCAGAACGAUUCAGUAAAGACCACCGGGAGGACAUCCACCCCUAUGCCUACAUGCCCUUUGGCCUGGGUCCACGGAACUGUGUGGGGAUGCGCUUCGCUGUGAUGGUCAUGAAGAUGGUUCUGGUGCGCCUUCUGCAGGAUCACUACGUGGAGACCUGCAAGGACACCGUUGUUCCUCUGGAAUUUAAUAUGUUGUUUCAGCCCAAGGAGCCGAUCAAGCUUAUGCUUAGUCGAAGGGAACUCUAAUCCUCGAUCAAUGAAAAAAUCGCCCAACAAUCCUAUCUCUUAUCUUAAUUAUAGUAAGUAAGUAAGUAAAAUGUAUUUAUAAGGCACAUUUAAAAACAGUUUUCACUGGUCAAAGUGCUGUACAUGGUGAAAAUAUAGGCAUAUA